AGUAGGUGAGCAACGCGAGGCUCGCAGCCGCCGUCGCUUUUCACGCGCGCACGCCUAUAAAUCGAUCGCGCCGCCGUCGUUUCUCGCGCACCACCCAACGAGCAAGCUGAGCCAGCAGUGCUGCUUCGCGCGCCGCACGAGGAAACACGUACGAGGCGUACUACGCUCCGGUGCUUUUGCGAUGGCGAGGACGGCCGCCGAGGUGCAGCCGCUCGUGGCGCUGUCGCUGCUGCUGCUGCUGCUUAGUGCUGGGGCUGGGCGGCGGCACGACGCACGGGGCCGAGGCGCAGCUGAGCGGGCUGGCCCCCUGCGCACGCUACAGCGUGCCGGGCGGAGUGCUGCGCCGCGCUGGGGUCUGUACGUCUCGAGGGACUGCGCCUGCGGCACCCUCGGCAUCAUCACCAGCCUGCCGCCCAAGUGCGGCCUCCCGCCGAUCAGCUGCCAGUGAUCGCCGGUGCAGUGCGUGAGACGAAUUAAGGCGAAGAAUGCCUCCAAGCGCAAGGAGAACGAGAAGAAUAAGAACAUCGUCGACAGCUUGGUGCUCUUGUCGACGUCUGUUGUCCCACACCAAUGUGUCCUCGAUCGUUUUCGUUUCGUUUCUUCAAGCCUUCCUUGAUCGGUUCAGGCUGUCGUGUCUGUUGAUCCCAGCGAAUGUGUUAGCAUAAUGCAACUCUUAAGGCCGCUCGAAAUAUCAUUUUGCAAUUGCUGCAACCUCCUUGCAGGCCCUUGAGCUUUGCAUGCAUUCGAUUGUGCGAACGUGCGUCUUCCAUCACAGUGCCACACGACAUCGACACGACGGGCACGAACACGUACGACAGGAAC